AAAUGUAUUUAAAUCAUUUUGCUGCUAAUCACUGAUUUGCUUCUAUAGCGCGAAUCUGUAUCCUAAAUUCAUAAUUCACGAUAUGAAAGUACAGUUAUAUUUUACAAGGCAUAUAUAGACACGCGAAAAAAAUAUUCCUUACGCGAAUAAAAUAAAUGAUGUAAUCUAAAAAUUGAAACGUGCAUCUUUUUCGCGAGUGUCACGACAAAGUUGAAAAGAUCUGCCAAGAAAGGGCAGGACUAAUAAAUCGUAUAAUAAAUGCGAAUAACAAAGUUAUUAAUUCUAAUUGUAUGUUCACGUGUCAAGUACGUUUUCUUAUUAUUCAUAAGAUUAGCUAAUUAUCUUUAUAAAUACUACUAUAAAAAAAGACAAGCUAGAGAGGGAUAAGAAAGAGGACAAAAGAUGGAUUUGAUCAGGUUUAUUCCAAGAUUCCAUUGAAAUUCGGUAACGUCGAACGUGGAAAUGUUCGUCAGCGCCUCCUAGCGAGCAGGAUCAUAGAAAGGAAGUCAAAGAAACAUUCGGUUUCUGGUAGUCUCCUCUCUAUGUGGAAACAUAACUGUAUGACCGUGUGUACUGUGCCGCUGACAAUGAGCCGCGGCGGUGACUGUGAUAAGUGAUCGCGUACCCUUCCUUGUCGCUAAACGCGUAGUGGCAGUGGAGAAAGAUAGUACGUCGGCCAAGAAAAGAGUCUACCUCUUGAUGACUCGCGCUUUACGCAAGGCGCAACGUAGCCGGAGCUCACAAUUAUGUUCGAUGUACCGCCCAAGUUCUACGAGCUGUGUCGCCUUUGUUUAUCGUCGGACGGUGUCAAAUUGUCCAUAUUCGAAGAGGAAGGCGCCCAGCGAAACUUCGCCGAUAAGAUACUGACGUGCCUCUCGAUUACGGUAAAAGAUGGGGAUUCUUUACCACCAAUUAUCUGUCACCGAUGCGUGUACAAGUUGGAUGUACUGCACAAUUUUCGUGAAGUGUCACACAAAUCUGAUGUCAUACUCAAACAGUACCUGGAUUAUGCCAAGCAGUUAUCAUCACACGAUGAUCAGAAGAAAUCUUUCUCCACUGCCAAAGUAGCAGGUUUAAAUCCUCUACAGUCAUUUCUCCAAUUGAACAAAACAUUGUUCAAUGAGGAGCCUAAUUCUCCGGCCAGCAUUAAUCAAAACAUUAUACCUCAGACUCAAACACAUCAUUUGGAGUUGUGCACCAAUGACAUGUCUGAACAUGAUAAUAUUAAGUGUGGACCAGAAGAUGACACGUGUUCAAAUAGCUCUGAUCCAGACAGAUUAGAAAUAGAAGAUCGAGAUGAGCAGGAUACUGAGGGGGAAGAAAAUGGUUAUGAUAUGACUAUUAACAAAAGAAUAAAAGUAGAAACAAAUUAUGAAGAAUCAAAAACAAAUACCCCUAAUCGCAGUCCAGUAAAUAGAAUGGAUACACCAGAAAGCAACUGUUCAGAUACAAAUAUUGAUCAAGAAACAACAAAAUUGUGGCAAGCAUUAGCAAACAACAGAAGUUUAGAGAUCACCAGGACAAAUGGUGAUAAAUUAAAUAAUGGCUUUACUGGUGAAGCGACUAAUUUACUGCGUUCCUUGAUCAACAACAGACAAAUCGGUAUUACGCCGAUUGAUUCGGACAGAGUAUCGCCCCAGAUUAGGUUUUAUAGGGACACUCAAGGGACUACAAUCGAACGUACUAUACCCGAUUGUUCUGUACUCGGCAAUCGUACUAAUAUCUCCUGUAUAGAAAAUAAGGGUACAUCUGUGGAUAGCAAUCCGUCGAGUCCUGCCAGUGUUGGUCGAAAAGAGACCAAAGGUCGCAGAAAACAAAGUUAUCCUAGUAAAGCUCCAAUGAGUCCAGAUAUUAAUUAUCAACACGAAUCUAACGAAGAACAAGCACAAGAUUUUACAGCAUGGUCAAAUAAGAUAAAGGUGAAGGUAGAGGACCAGAAACAACAAUUCGAUCAACAUAGCGGUAACAUAACGAAAAAAGUAGAUAUGUCCUGUACAAAUUGUGGCACCAUGACUACAACUAUUUGGAGAAGGAAUAUGAAGGGAGAAAUGGUUUGCAACGCUUGUGGACUCUAUUAUAAACUUCACGGAGUAAAUCGUCCAGUUACUAUGAGAAGGGAUACGAUACAUACACGCAGACGUAGACCGAAAGGCGAGAAACCAACAAGGCAUAGAAAAAAAGGUGACUCAAUUUUGGCACCACAGUCAGAACAAAUGGAUGCAGAAAGUGCAGAUAUGUUAGCAGCACUUCGGCGACAAAUUCAACCCCACUUAAUGAUGGCUGCACUAACGCCACCGCGUAUACCCGGUGGUCAUCCACCAGCCCCAACCGCUCAGCUCAAUUACACUCUUCCCUUACCUAGUUAUAUGAUGCACCAUGUGAAGGCAGAAGGGCGAGAACAAUGUCAUUUAUCUACAGAAACAGAAGAAACAGAGGAAGGAGAUGCAGAGAAUGUUUCAGACGUACCAUUAAACUUAGUUGCGACAUCGUUAUCCGAAGAGGCACAUUGAAAGCACCUCGACCAGCUUCAGAACGACUUCUCUAUAGGUAUAUACAUACAAGUCGUUAUAUAUAACAAAGAAUCUCUAGACAGAACAGUCUGUCCGGCGAUACACAGGGUUUAAGAGACGAGAUUGUUCUUCUCCUUUCUGUUGUCCACUGACUCUCGUCCAUAAUCCUCUUUUUUGGAUUGUCUUCUCCUUUCUUUUCCUCUCUUUUCACGGUCUCAAGAAAUUUGAGAUGGUAGAAUAUUGGGAUGUAUAUUUAUCCCUUGAGCUACCAAGCCCGUGGCGCAGAGCGCACGAAGGAACGAUGAUAUUAAGUACGCAGUAUUAAUUACGUGGUUAUUCAAAAUAUGUACAUAUAUAAUAUACAUGAAUACGAAGAAUAUUUUUAUACAAAAUUUUCUACGCUUGCAGCUAUAGAGAGCGACGGGCGAUCGUUGUACAUACACGCGCAAAUUGUUCUUUCGGUGUCACACGUACGCGUUAAAAAAGAAUGGUGGUAGUUGUCUGUUUUUUUAGUGACGUAAGAAAUUCAAUCACCAGUGAAAGUUUUUAGAACGGUGCUAGAUUACUGUUCGGGAAGGCUUAGAAAUAAAGAAGAAGAAACAAAAAAUGAUAAUCUGUCACUAAAAAAUUAGUGAACAAAAUUUAACCGUUUUGUUCCACGGGCUUUUAGCUGUCAGUGAUGUUACAAUCAUAAUAGUCUCGUUGUUUUACGAAAUAUUUAAUCUAAAAAACAAACGUCUCAGCUAAACUUAAUUAGUGAACAAAACCUAUUUUUGGUUUUAAUAGCGAGUGGAAUCUUAUUAUCCACUAGAAACAUGGAAAAAAUCAAUGGAACAGAAAAACGGUUGCACAAUGUGACAAAUUAAAGAAAAAAACAUUCGAUACUCUGUAAUUUGAGCUUCGUCAAAUUACAUUUUUGCCAGUAUCAUUUUUAAAUAUCAUAUUCUAGUGGCCUUUCAGUAAUUCAUCUCUUUUCUCUUCCUUUUUUUUUUUAGCUCUUAUUGCAGUAAGUGCAGAUAAUUUAAUUACAAAUAUUAUUAAUUUAGAUGAUGUAGAUACUUUUUUACGUGAGCACGAGACUGCCGGUGUAAACACAUUUUAAAUACUCUUUCUACCAUUUACGUAUUUUUUCUUCUUUCCUUUUUCUCUAUGUGUUGAAAAGCUUCUCGACUGUUUAUACAGUUGCCAAGAAUUUGUACUUAAUAGGCAAAGCAGCACACCACCAUAUAAGCUAAGACUCCGAAAGCAAUAAAAACGCGAUGGUACGUAGAAUAGAUUGUUGUCAUACAAUACUCGUUUGCGUGCUCUCUUGACGACAAUUUGAAUAUACAUGAAUUUCAGGAACUAAUAUUUAGAUAACAUUCAUUUAUACCAGACGUUAAAAGUAACAAAUUUUAUUGCUCCACAGUUGCUGUAGGUAUGUUUCACAUAUUCCAUAAUUUCUCUUUAAAUUUCUUCCUUAACUCUAUCUAUUUCAUUUUAUUUUCAUAUUGCAAAAGAAGAAAACAGAAAAUAUUGAUGAUAUUUUGAUGUAGAUAAACAAAAUUACUUGUUUUCCUAAGGGUUAUCACUGAUAUAUUUUCCAGAAUGUACAGAUCACACAUUAAUAAAGAGGUAUUAAGCAACCUUAAAUAUCACUUAAUACAAUGGCCAGUGCAUCUACUCAUGUAUUGUUAUAUCUAACAUUGUAUACCUAAACAACUUUGCCAAAAAUAGAUUUAGUCUAUAUAACAUAGAAUAUAGUUAAGGGCAUACGAUAAAAAUUAAUGUUUUAUCUUUCUCUUUUAUAAACCUCAUACACAGCAUUUACAUAUUUCUCCUUUAUUUUUCUCUCUCUUCUUACAGCUCUUCUUAUCAGUGAUAUCUCUUGGCAUACAUUGCUUUACAGAGCUUUUAAAUUCACUUACAGUAAUUGGUGGAGCAACUUAGUUUUAGUCGUUAUCAAAGGAGCCUUAUGAACUCACUUGUGUGUGUGUGUGUGUGUGUGU